UCUUUUCUUUCUAUCCUAUUUUUUACUCUCUCUCUCUCCGCUCUCUGCAAGUAUAAGCUCGUCAAUGGAGUCUCAGAUCUAACCAAGAGCUCAAAUCUGAAAGAAAAACAGCACGCGCUCCGCGAACGGCGUCUUUUUCUUGCGAACUCUGCGAAAUCGAGAGCUCAGGAAGUGUGAGAGAGAGGGGGAAAGUCUUCGGAAGAGUUUCGGGAGAAGACUCUGGAAGUGGUGGCGGUAAUGCUGAGAAUGGCGAGCUCGUUUCCCGAGGAGGUGCUGGAGCACGUGUUCUCGUUCAUACAGUCGGACGCCGAUCGGAACUCGAUCUCGAUGGUGUGCAAGUCGUGGUACGAGAUCGAGCGGUGGUGCCGGAGGAGGAUCUUUGUCGGCAACUGCUACGCUGUGAGCCCUAGAAUGGUGAUCAGGAGGUUCCCGGAUGUGAGAUCCAUCGAGCUGAAGGGGAAGCCGCACUUCGCCGACUUCAAUCUGGUGCCGGAGGGCUGGGGUGGCUAUGUCGACCCUUGGAUCUCCGCCAUGGCCAUGGCCUACCCCUGGCUUGAGGAGAUCAGGCUCAAGAGGAUGGUCGUCACGGACGAGAGCUUGGAGCUAAUAGCCAAGUCCUUCAAGAACUUCAAGGCCUUGGUGCUCUCCUCCUGCGAGGGUUUCAGCACCGACGGCCUCGCCGCCAUUGCGGCCAAUUGCAGGAAUUUGCGAGAGCUAGACUUGCGGGAGAGUGAUGUGGAUGAUCUGAGUGGCCACUGGCUCAGCCAUUUUCCUGAUACUUACACCUCACUAGUUUCCCUUGACAUUUCCUGCUUAGGGUCUGAGAUGAGUUUCACUGCCUUGGAACGCCUCGUGGGUAGGUGUCCCAACUUGAGGAGUUUGCGGCUUAACCGGACUGUACCUAUUGAGAAGCUAGCCAACCUACUUCGGCAAGCACCUCAGCUAGUUGAGUUAGGCACAGGAGCCUACUCAGCUGAGUUGCGACCUGAAGUCUUCUCGAACCUAGCAGGAGCUCUUUCAGGCUGCAAGGAAUUGAAGAGCCUAUCUGGGUUUUGGGAAGCAGUGCCGGCUUAUCUUCCAGCUGUUUACUCUAUUUGCCCUGGGCUGACAUCAUUAAACUUGAGUUAUGCUGCUAUCCAGAGCCCACACCUUAUCAAGCUUCUUAGCCAUUGUCCGAAAUUGCAGCGUCUAUGGGUUUUGGAUUACAUUGAAGAUGUUGGCCUUGAGGCACUAGCAGCAUCUUGCAAGGAUUUGCGAGAACUAAGAGUAUUUCCAUCGGACCCAUUCGUGGCAGAACCAAACGUGUCAUUGACAGAACAGGGCCUUGUCUCUGUUUCUGGAGGCUGUCCAAAGCUUCAUUCAGUUCUGUAUUUCUGCCGUCAAAUGUCUAACGCUGCCUUGACGACCAUUGCCAGGAACAGACCCAACUUUACAUGCUUUCGACUCUGUAUUAUUGAGCCACGAACUCCUGAUUACCUGACCCUCGGGCCACUGGAUGCGGGUUUUGGAGCUAUUGUUGAGCACUGCAAGGACCUUCGGCGCUUAUCUGUCUCUGGUCUCCUUACCGAUCGUGCCUUUGAGUACAUUGGUACUUAUGCAAAGAAGCUAGAGAUGCUGUCUCUUGCUUUUGCCGGAGACAGUGAUUUGGGGCUUCACCAUGUCUUGUCUGGUUGCGAAAAUCUUCGGAAGCUGGAGAUCAGGGACUGCCCAUUUGGUGACAAGGCACUUUUGGCCAAUGCUGCAAAGCUGGAGACAAUGCGAUCCCUUUGGAUGUCUUCUUGCAUGGUGAGUUAUGGAGCAUGUAAGCUGCUUGGUCAGAAGAUGCCCAGGCUAAACGUUGAGGUUAUUGAUGAGAGGGGACCUCCAGAUACAAGGCCCGAGAGCUGCCCUGUUGAGAAGCUCUACAUUUAUCGGUCUGUUGCCGGGCCAAGAUUCGACAUGCCUGGCUUUGUUUGGACGAUGGAUGAAGAUUCUUCUGCACUACGGCUUUCUUGAAAAGAUCGCAAGUUUCAAGCCACAUAAUUCAAACCCCUCUGAUGUCUCGAGUUGAAAGUGAAAAAAUAUAGCAGGUACAUGCUUUAUAGGGUACUCACUGUUCUCCAUUUGAUUUAUAUCGUAGCUUAAUAUAUGUUGCAGCAAGCUCUGAUUGGAGUAAAACCAGGGGUAUGCAGAGUAAUACAGAGAGAGAGAGAGAGAGAGAGAGAGAGAGAGAGAGAGAGAGAGAGAGGCACAAGAGCUCGAUUGCCAUUCAUUUUACUCUUUGGCUGAGCUAUGCGAUACCAAUUAGUAGUAAUAUUAAUAAAAAGAGAGAGAUAUAAACUCCUGUUGUCGUAUGUAUUCAUUCAGAACAGAGUUUUAAUUUUAUUCGGGAAUCCUUCAGUAUACUAUUUAUCUGCAGACUUAUUUAUAUUUUCGCAUGUUUAUGCAUUUAUUUGUGCUG